CAUCCUGUGACGCGCUAUUUACGGCGCAUGCGCACGGCGCUCUUCCUUUUUCCAGUGCAGCCGAGUCAGACGCCUGUCCUCGGCUCCGGCUCCUUCCUAAGGAGACGCAAAAGCUGCAUAAUGGGUUUUGUUAAAGUAGUGAAGAACAAGUCCUACUUCAAGAGAUACCAGGUCAAGUUCAGGAGGAGGAGAGAGGGCAAGACCGACUUCUUCGCCCGCAAGCGCCUGGUGGUCCAGGACAAAAACAAGUACAACACCCCCAAGUACCGCAUGAUCGUCCGUUUCUCCAACAGGGACAUCUGCUGUCAGAUCGCCUAUGCCAAAAUCGAGGGGGACAUGAUCGUGUGUGCGGCCUACUCCCACGAGCUGCCCAAGUACGGCGUGAAAAAUGGCCUGACGAACUACGCUGCGGCCUACUCCACCGGCCUGCUGCUGGCCCGCCGGCUCCUGAACAAAUUCGGCCUGGACAAGGUGUACGAGGGCCAGGUGGAGGUGACGGGCGACGAGUUCAACGUGGAGAGCAUCGACGGCCAGCCGGGUGCCUUCUCCUGCUACCUUGACGCCGGGCUCGCCAGGACCACGACGGGCAACAAGGUGUUCGGUGCCCUGAAGGGGGCCGUGGACGGAGGCCUGUCCAUCCCACACAGCACCAAGCGUUUCCCCGGGUAUGACCCCGAGAGCAAGGAGUUCAACGCCGAGGUCCACCGCAAGCACAUCAUGGGCAUCAACGUGUCUGAGUACAUGAGCUACCUGAUGGAGGAGGACGAGGACGCGUACAAGAAGCAGUUCUCCCGCUUCAUCAAGAACGGCGUCACCCCAGACAUGAUUGAGGAAAUGUACAAAAAGGCUCAUGCUGCUAUUCGUGAAAACCCUGUCCACGAGAAGAAGCCUGUUAAAGACGUCAAGAAGAAGAGGUGGAACCGGGCCAAGCUGUCCCUGGCCCAGAGGAAGGACCGCGUCGCCCAGAAGAAGGCCAGCUACCUCCGGGCUCAGGAGCAGGAGUCUGAAGACUGAGCCGGAGCUCUGCCCCGGUCCAAAUUCAGAAAUUUGUUCUAAUAAAAGGCAAAAAGAA